UCAUCAAUCCAAUCGAGUACCUACAUGAAAGUAAUUCGACCAAAAAAAAAAGUAUUCGUCAAAUUUUCUUCUUUAUCUUGUAACCCAAUACCUACCAAUACCAUCUACAAGUUACAAAACUACAGUAUACAGUAGACAAGAUCUCCUCCUGAUGGACUGUUCAAUGCUACUAUCAUCUCGAACUCUUUUAUGACACCAAAGAAUCUUCCUUUCCAAGACUCACUCGCAUGCGCGCACAAUUGUAUCAAGAGACGACAUACUCGAGGGAGUGAAUACGUCAAGCCGGCAUCAUGGGGCUUGAUCGCGGUCAGCGUCGGUUUUUUCUCUUUCUAGCCAUUACUGGUCUUGUAAUACUUCUUUUCAAUCUGUCAAUGCUCUCUGGUGCGGAUGUGCGAUCGAAAGUGAAGAAGAUCCCUUUACCAGGGUUGAAAAAUAAGCCCGAUUCAGAUUCCUCAAAAUCGUCGACGUCGCAUCAAGACCAAGAAGUGGUGGGUGAUAUUGCAGACCAACAUCCUAUAGCUGCGCUCAUGAAAGAAGCGGAUGAAGCAUUUCGAAUAUACGAUGAAAGCAGAUCAAAAACUUUCAAGGAAACUGUGUCAAAGUAUAGAAAGAAAUAUGGAAGGCACCCGCCGCCAAAGUUCAGGGAUUGGUAUAAAUAUGCUCGAGACAAGAACGUUUACAAUAUCGACGACUUUGAGCAAAUUAUGGAUGAUCUACGGCCAUUCUGGGGAGUCGAUCCCGCUAUCAUUCGAUCCCAAGCGGCGCAUCUUCAUGCCAAUCACGAUGAUGGUAUUUCUGGGAUUCACAUACGAUCUGGGAAAGUUUGGAAGUUGAGCAAUGAAAACUGGAGAGCAGAAACUAUGAAAGAAAUGAUUGAACCCUUCGUCAAGUUUUUACCGGACAUGGAUAUUGCUAUGAACAGGCUAGAUCAGCCACGUCUAGCCAUACCAUGGGAUGAUCUUCAAGCUCUCCUUGCUAACGAAACGGCUAGCAGAAUUAUGUUACCAGAAGCUGUAGCCGAAUUCACUACAAAUAUGUCUGGGUUGUGGCAAAAGGGGGCAAGUCUUCUUCAAGAUGGGAAGACUGAGCCUUUAUUGAAGGACCCAGAGUGGUUUAGAGCACCUGGUCGACAAUAUAUGUUGAUUGCAAAAGAAGCCUGCCCUCCGGAAUCUCAUGCCAGAGACUCAAUGUCUAAAUCUGAUGCAGAAGCCACCUAUAAAAGUCCAGACGGAGGAUUUAUUACAAAUUUUAACCUUUCUUCGGAUCUUUGUACAGUCGGUCCUGAAAUUCAAGAUUUACAUGGAUUUCUAUAUGCAAGCAGUACAGUAACGGCCAGCAAAUUGCCAUUGCCUGUAUUCGGGGAAUGUAAAGUUAAUAUCAACAAUGAUAUUCUAUUCCCUGCAAAUAAAUACUACGAGUAUGAUGAUGCUCGAUACGCCUACAACCCAGCAGGUGACGUUGGAUGGGAUGACAAGGCGGACAACAUGAUUUGGAGAGGUGUCACUUCUGGGGGAACUAACACUGCAGAGACUUGGAAGAGGAUGCAUCGUCAAAGAUUAGUUCUACUUACCAAUGGCACCGUUAUGAAAGAUACCAAUGUGAACAUCAUGGCCAUGGAUCCCACCACCCCUGGUACAUAUAAACCUUAUAAUCACUUCCAACCCAGCGAAUUCGCCACUAAACAUACGGAUGCUGGAUUCACCGAAGCUGCUUCCUGCGUACCAAACUGUGACUUCUACGAUGAUGUCUGGACCUACAAGCCAUCGGUAGAACUCACCGACCAAUUCAAAAGUAAAUAUCUCAUCGAUGUCGACGGCCAUUCAUUCUCCGGACGUUGGCAUGCCUUUCUCAAAAGUAAGGGUUUGGGUAUCAAGAGCACUAUCUUCAGGGAAUGGCAUGACAGUCGAUUAUUUCAAUGGAGACAUUUUGUCCCAUUGGAUAAUCGGUAUGAUGAGUUGUAUAGUAUCCUUACGUAUUUCAUUGGAUUAGGAGAUGCAGACUCGAAAGGAAGAGAUGGAAAGCCGUAUGUACAAAGGCAUGAUUUCGAGGCAAGAAAGUUGGGGAGACAGGGAAGCGAAUGGGCCAACAAGGUUUUAAGAAAGGAGGAUAUUGAGAUCUAUCUCUUCAGACUUCUAAUCGAAUACGCCCGUAUCAUCGAUGACAAUCGAGAUAGGAUAGGAUACUCCGGGGAUGGAAGUGAGCUGGACAAAUACGAUAGCAAAACCCCGGUUACUGGGCAACAUGGGUAAUGAUUAAAAUGAUUUGGAGAUAGUAAUGCAUGAGCGUGGCGUUUGGGCAUGCUUCAUUUUAUACACGGAAGGGAAGCGAGAAGUCAGGGGUAAUUGAGGAGCGGAUGAUAUAUUGUGUCUAUAAUUGUAUAUGUGAAAAAUGUAUGAAUGGUGGCGGUCAGCUUCGGUAACUUUUGUACUAUAUCUAUUCCCCUAUAAAAAACACCUAGUUAAUUACUUAAUUAAAUAAUAUAAAAAAGA